GAUCUGGCUGAACGUGACGUGCCGACUCGGAGCCGAGCGAGGUUUCCUGGCGGAGCUGCGGAGGAGCAGGAGCCGAGCGGGUCUGUCUGUCUGUCCGCCUGUCUGUCUGUCUGCCGCCGCAGUCUCUUGUCUGUCUGGGACACACACACACAACCCCAACCCUCCUCUUUUCUCCGGCUUGUGGACUCGGCAUCAGCGGCCAUGGCUCCAUCGCUGUCCGCCUCCUGCUUUCUCCACUGAGCGACCGUCGGAUGCUCCAGUGCUCAUAGAGGAGGAGCGGGGAGGAGGAGGAGGAGGAGGGGGCAUCCUUCUUCGACUACCAGGCUGACUCACCGCUGGAGCGCCUCAACACAGCAGCAGCAGAAGAAGAAGAAGAAGAAGAAGAAUUUUGGGAGAACGAGGGAGAGAGAAAAAGAAACAGAGUAAGAGAAGGAAGGAGGGAGAGAGAGAGAGAGAGAGAGAGAGAAACUAAAGGAGGUGAGGAAGACUAGGAGGGGGAGGAGAGACUGAAGACAGCCAGAGAAAGUGAGGUCGGGUCGGCGGGGCGAGAGGAGGAAACAGAAAGUGAUUGUGGGAAAACGGAGAGAACGACAGAGAAAGAGCUGAGGUCAGGUGAGAGAGGGCGCAGGUAGGUUGGAGGUCAAGCGGCGGUCAGACGCUGAAGGCUGACUGAGCAGCAGCCGCACACGCUGUCCCGCCACCACCCCCAACGCCACCGCCCCUGCACCGUCACCACACUGGGAGAGCUGGGAGGACUGGUGACGAGGAGAAGCCACCAUGAGCGACCAGAACGUCGUCAAGGAAGGCUGGGUCCAGAAAAGAGGUGAGUACAUCAAGAACUGGCGACCGCGCUACUUUCUGCUGAAGACAGACGGCUCUUUCAUCGGCUACAAGGACAAACCGCAGGACUCCGACCUGGCCUACCCGCUCAACAACUUCUCUGUAGCAAAAUGUCAGCUGAUGAAGACGGAGCGACCCAAGCCCAACACCUUCAUCAUCCGCUGCCUGCAGUGGACCACCGUCAUCGAGAGGACUUUCCACGUCGACACUCCUGAUGAGAGGGACGAGUGGGCCGAGGCCAUCCAGAUGGUAGCGGAGUCUCUGGCCAAGCAGGAGGAGGAGGGCAUCCUGUGCAGCCCCACCUCCCAGAUCGAGAACGUCAACGAGGAGGAGAUGGACACCUCCAUCAGCCACUACAAACGAAAGACAAUGAAUGACUUUGACUAUCUGAAGCUUCUGGGCAAAGGCACUUUUGGGAAAGUCAUUCUGGUGAGGGAGAAGGCGAGUGGCACCUACUACGCCAUGAAGAUCCUCAAGAAGGAAGUCAUCAUAGCCAAGGAUGAAGUUGCUCACACACUCACAGAAAGUAGGGUAUUAAAAAACACUCGGCAUCCAUUCCUAACUUCUCUGAAGUACUCGUUCCAGACGAAGGAUCGACUGUGCUUUGUAAUGGAGUAUGUCAACGGAGGAGAGCUGUUUUUCCAUUUGUCAAGAGAAAGAGUAUUUUCGGAGGACCGCACCCGUUUCUACGGCGCUGAGAUCGUCUCUGCUCUCGACUACCUACAUUCUGCCAAGAUCGUCUACCGCGAUCUGAAGCUGGAGAACCUCAUGUUGGACAAAGACGGCCACAUCAAGAUCACAGACUUUGGCCUCUGCAAAGAAGGCAUCACCGACACUGCCACCAUGAAGACCUUCUGUGGAACACCGGAGUACCUGGCUCCCGAGGUGCUGGAGGACAACGACUACGGCCGGGCGGUGGACUGGUGGGGUUUGGGCGUGGUGACGUACGAGAUGAUGUGCGGCCGCCUGCCGUUCUACAACCAGGACCACGAGAAGCUGUUCGAGCUCAUCCUCAUGGAGGAGAUCAAGUUCCCACGAACGCUGUCGGCCGACGCCAAGUCGCUGCUGUCAGGGCUGCUCAUCAAGGACCCCAACAAACGGCUGGGCGGCGGACCGGAUGACGCUAAGGAGAUCAUGCGACACAGUUUCUUUGGCACAGUCGACUGGCAGGACGUCUACGACAAGAAGCUGGUCCCUCCAUUCCAGCCCCAGGUCAGCUCAGAGACGGACACGCGCUACUUCGACGAGGAGUUCACAGCACAGACCAUCACCAUCACUCCGCCAGAGAAAUAUGACGAGGAUGGGAUGGACGCGGCGGACAACGAGCGAAGGCCUCAUUUCCCACAGUUCUCCUACUCAGCCAGCGGGCGGGAGUGAGCGGCCCAGCCAGCCAGUAUCGUCCCCAUUCGUGGCCAUUCUGAGGAAAACACGUAGCCAUUUUAGGAAAAAAAAUACCAGUCUCCCCUCUUUUUCUCCUUCUCUGCCUCCUCACAGACGGGGAGAAGUCUUUUUAGGGACUUUAAAAGAGGUUUUUGCACAGUGGGAUAGACUCCAGCCGGUCUCCCCACACUAAAAAAAUAAGUCUCCUACAUUUUCAGCGCUAUUUACUGCAGAAGGCAAUGUUUUUGUUAUUUAUUUUUUCUCUCCGUCAGUAUUAAGUUGUCGACCCGGGUUGCGUUCAUCUUUUUUUGUUCGUCUUGUUUGUUGUUUCGGCCCUUUUUUCUUUUUUUCUUCUUUUGACUUUUUUGCACUUGGUUUGGAAGAGCCGUUUUAGGGAACAAAAAACCAAAAAUGUUGCCUUACGUGUGCAGAUGUUUCGUAUCAUACCGACAGGGUGUUUUGUUGAGGUUCGUUUUUUUUUUUCUGGGAGAGGGCGGGCGGGUUUCUGGGGUUGUGAGGGGGUCAUUCUUAGUUGAGAAUAAGUGCAUGGCUCGUGGUUCACUCAAAAUGAAAAAAAAAAAGCUACAAAAAAAAGAUUUUGUUUCUCAUACAUUUGCCAUGGCAGCGCACAUUCCCCCCAAACCCCAUGGCAAUGACAUCACUGUCUACAGGUAAACAAAAAAACAAAAAACAAAAGAAGGACAAGAAUGGACGAGUCUGUAUCAUUCCUUUCAUCGUUGCAGUGUUACUACUUUGCUAUUGUAUUUUUUCAACCCAUGUCUUUUUUUCUUUCUUUCUUGCGCUUUGACUUCUUUAGUUUUAUUUUGAAACAGGAAACACUAAACUGCCAGAAACUGCACAGUUCACUCAGGCGCCACAGAGCACAACCGCGUUCAAACUCAGCUAACCGCUCCAGCUUUCCACAGCCGGCAGGGGAACGAGGCCUUUCUCUGCUUUCUCACCGCUUCUCCUCCUCCUCCUCCUCCUCCUCUUCUUCACCUCUGCUCUUUGUUUCCUCAUCGUAGCUGUAGGACUAGUGGAAUGGGUGUUUACACAGGGAAAUGUGGCUUAAUGUAUGUAUGUAAUGUAUGUAUGUUUUGUAUGUAUGUGGGACAUGGGGGUCAACUUUAUGCUGUCAUAGCACACACACACACACACACACACACACACACACACACAUGGAUUUACACAUGCGCAAACAGGAAACAGCUGUGACUGAAGUCGGCAGUUUACUCCAAACUAAAUCAAAUUUUGUGUUUUCAAAAAAAAAGAUAUAAUAUUAGAAUACUUUGUUGUUUAACCAAGUUUGUCAGGUGAAGCUAAGGGUCAAAGCAGUUGUAGUUAUCCGAAAUCGUGUUACGCGUGUCGGCGGCCUAAAGAGAGCUGGAUACGUAUUAGGCGGGGCUCUGUUCAUUCCAAUGAAAGCGUGAGGCCAAAAAAAGUUUGACUGAAAUUCAACAAAAGAAAAUGCAAAUUGAUGCUUCUUUCCAUCCACUACCGUAGCAAUUAUCAGGAGUUGGUACAUUCAGAUAAGCAGUUUGUGGCGCCAGUUUUCAACCGUAAUACCUCUGCAGAAGAAGAGAGCGUGCAUCUCCAGAUGAUGCUAUUUUGCGUUGCAACCAGAGGAAUGUUUUAUUCGCCCCUUUGUCUGCGUAGAAUGGUGGAGGACGGAUAACGAAUAUUUGCCAGUGUUACAUUUUUGCAUAUGUGUUACCGCAGCAGAGAAGAGAGAAGAGAAGAGAAAUGGAUACAGUGUUUUAGGCGGGGCCCUGUUCAUGCCCAUGAAAGCUGCUCAAUAUCUGGAUCUUUUAUGGAAAAACAACAAAAGAAAAUGCAAGUUGAUGCUUCUUCUCAUCCUCUACCGAUGCAGUUUUCAGGAGUAGGUUCACUGAGAUAAACAGAAGGUGGCACCAGUUUUCAACUGUCUUACCAUUGUAGUAGAAGAUGAACUGAAUGCAAAUAUUUGGCAGUGUAAAGGUUUUGCAUAUAUGUGACCGCGGACUAAAGAGAAUGUUUGAGGCAGGGCCCUGUUAAUUCCUAUGAAUGUUGCUCAGUGGCACAUGAAGUUUGUCUACCGUGUGUAAAAAUAUCUGGAUCUUUUAUGGGAAAUGAAAUCAAGAAAAUGCGAUUGGAUGCUUGUUUCCAACCACUAAAGUUGAGCAAAAGUUGGAGUUGGUACAUCGAAAUAGGCAGGAGUUAAACCCCAGACUGUGAAAAAUAAUGUAGAAAACUUUGUGAUGAAAGUUGGAUUGGGUCUGUCUGACUGCUGCCUAAAGAAGACUGGAUACAGCGUUUGAGGUGGGGCUCUGUUUCCUAUGAAAGCUGCUCAGUGGUACAUGAAGCUAAGAAAAGUUUGACUUCCGUGUAUAAAAAAAUAUCUCAAAUCUUUAUGGAAAAUCAACUAACGAAAAUGUAAAUGGAUGCUGUUUCCAUUAACAACCGUAGCAAUUAUCAGGAGUUGGUUCAUUGAGAUAAACAGAAGUUGGUUGUCUAAAGAGAACUGGGUACAGUGUUUGAGUCAGGGCCCUGUUCAUUCCUAUGAAAACUGCUCAAAAGUUAGACUUCUGUGCAUAAUAAAAUACCCAGAUCUUUUAUGGAUCUUCCAAACCUGAACAGGAAUAAAAAUGAUGUUGUAGUACGGCAUUUUUUAGACUCUCUAAAUAUUAUCGGAAAAAAUUAAAAAAUAAAUUCGGUCUAUUUUGACCCACAAAGACACACAUAUGAUAAAUCACAAAUGGUUAAAAAUAAAGUUUGUAAAUGCGCCUUUGACUGACUUUUUACCAAACUCUGUGCCGCCUGAAAUAAUAAUAAAAUCAGUAAAAUUGGCAAACAACCUCUAAAAAACAUUGUUUUAUUAUAAUGUUGCAUCUCUCAGCUGAUAUUUCAUGUUCACCUUCACAUUAUUGUAGCUGUCGCAGCUAAAAAGGCACACAUUCUACCUUUAUUAAUACAACUUUAUGUUUUGAAAAAAAUGGUUUUCAUGCACACAAAUUUUGGAAACUCAUUAGGAAACAUUGUUAUUUAUCUGGUUGCAGCUGGGAACCAACUUUUUUGGGGUCCGAACAAGUUAAUUUUUGUGUCAAAAUGCUCGAAAUUAAGUAAAACAGAACCAGUUCCAUGUUGGUAGAAAAGGGUCAUCAAAGAACUCACAUCCAAACAAGAUAAUCUCACCACGAAAAUCAAAACGGAAUGUCUAUGCUUGUUUUUUAUCACAACAAACAUCAAAUUUAUUGUUUCUGGAGAAAACUGCCCACUUCAUGUUUCGCUGUUCUCAGUUUACACUCUUCAGGGUUCCUGCACACACCCGGGGGAAAAAAAGGUUCAGAGGUAGAAUUUCCAUGUCUUCAAAGCUGUUUGUGAAAGAUAUUUUGGGGAAAAUUGUUUUCUUGGAAGUUCAUGUGUAAAAGUGAUGAAGUGAGAAAUAUGACUGUGAAACAUGUCGAACAGCAACGGGGAGUGUGAUGUUUUAUGGGGGGAAAAGUUUUGAUCUUGAUUGCAGCUGUGUGGGACCCCUGACAGCACACACACACACACACACACACACACACACUUUCACACACACACACACACACACACACACAUACACAAAAGACUAUAGACGAUAGAUCAGAGAAGAAGAUUUAAUUUAUCACACGGACACUAACAGAAACGAGGCUUCCAGCUCCAGAUGCAGGAGUUCUGUCCUGUCAGUAUUAUGAGAAAUAUUUAUUUACACACACACACACACACACACACACACGUUUUUAAACCUGACCUGAGGGUAUCAAUAAAUCACUAAUCAUGUCACCGAUCACGAGAAAACUGAGCCGUGAGACACUCAUGUAUGAAGACUGUGAGGACUGCCAGAAAAAAGAAGCCGAGUCGCCCCAAACUUCGUGAUGUAAAUAUGCAAUGCCUUUUUUUUCUCUUUCUUUCUUUUUCUUGGGUCUUUUUGUGGCAUCUUGACAGACGACAAACUUGUUUUUUUUUUUUUCCGUGUGUGACUCACGCUUGCUGAUGAGAAUAGUGACUGAAAAACCACAACAACAACAAACGACUCAAAAAACAUUUAAGAAGAAAAAAAAAUAAGGAAAAAAAAUAAAGACAGUGUCAAAGACUGGACCCUUCCAUUCAUUUUUGAUUGUUUUUUUUUUCUGGGUCGACUCAUCCAACUCCACUUGUCCACGGAGGAUGUUCCCCCGCCCCCUCCUCCACCUCGCCGUGGUCCCCGAUCGACUCCCGACUUCUUUGUGAGGACGUGAUGAACCUGUGGAGUCUGCACUGUUGUCUGUUCCCUUCAUCCUCUUUAAAAAAAAAAAAAAAAGAGUCAAAAAUACAAAAAAGUGGGACCAUGGAUGAUUUUUUUCUCAUUUUUUUGCAGUGCUGGUUUCAUCAGGUUGUUCCCCUCUCUCCUCCUCCUCCCCCCUUUUUUUGUACCAUAGUAUUUGUUUUAUUUAUGUUUAUCAUUCUAGGCAGUGUUACCUUGUAUGUCGUUGAAAAGGCACCUCUUGAAAGUCGCUGAAGGAUGAUGAUGAUGAUGAUGAUGGAUGCAUUAACUGAAGUCUCUUUUUAUUCUUUUUUUUGUUUUGUUUUGUUUCUUUUUUUUUUGUUUUGUUUUGUUUUGGAUCGUUUGCUUGUUUGUUUUCUUACCAAAACAUUAGGGCAAGAACCCAGUAGUGGACUUGCAUUGCCGUGGUAGUAUUUAUUUUGAAUUAAAUUAAAAAGAAAUACAUUUCAGGG